GGCCCCGCCCCGCGCAGCGGCCCCGUGCUCGGGAGGGUAGUUGUUUAAAUGACUUGAGUAAAGACAAUGGAUUUGUGAUGUGUAAGGCAGCUUGAAAGGAUGCUUUCCAUAACAACACCCCUGGUUUAACGGGUGGGGUUCUGCACUUGAAAUCCCAUACAUCCUUCCCGAUCUUGCUGCGGCUGGAAGGUGGUUGGAAAGUCUUCGCUGUGCUUCUUUCCAACAUUGUAUAAACUCAGGUGUGGGAUUUGAACUUCUGUGAGCCACAGCUUCCAGUAGAGUCCUUUGGAGUUUGCUGAGGAUCUGAGAGUGGACUGGAGACCUACUGCGGACUCUCUUUUUUCCUGCUGCUUGGAACAAAUAGAACAUGCCCAAGAAAGGAGGGAGGCAAGCUGAAAUGGGAAAAGAAAUGCAGGUGCAGUGUAAACGAGCAAAGGUGGAAGCAGCUUGUUCACCGCCAGUCAUGAGUUUUGAGAGCCCAGACAGCCUCUUUGGAAGCCUGAUCUUUCCCGUCAAACCAGAAGUGUUUUUCAGGGAGUAUUGGGAACAAAAGCCACUGCUUGUUCAGAGAAAUGAUCUCCUGCUGGCUGCUUAUUACCAGUCUCUCUUCCAGCUGCCAGAUUUGAAGGAACUGUGCAGCCAGGGUCUGUACUAUGGGCGUGAUAUAAAUAUCUGCAGAUGUGUGAAUGGAAAAAAGAAAGUUUUAAAUAAAGAAGGCAAAGUGAAUUACAUGCAGCUGAAGAAGGACUUUGACCAGAAAAAGGCAACAAUACAGUUUCAUCAGCCUCAGAGAUUUAAGGAGGAGCUCUGGAAGAUUCAGGAGAAGCUGGAGUGUUACUUCGGGUCCCUGGUUGGGUCAAAUGUGUACAUUACUCCACAGGGGUCACAGGGCCUUCCCCCUCACUACGACGAUGUUGAGGUGUUCAUCCUUCAGCUAGAAGGUGAGAAACACUGGCGACUCUAUAAACCAACGGUGCAUUUAGCUCGGGAGUAUAACGUUGAAUCAGAAGAUAGGAUUGGGAAUCCCACACAUGAAUUUGUAUUAAAGCCUGGUGACUUGCUGUACUUCCCAAGAGGGACUAUUCACCAAGCUGACACUCCUCCUGGGAUAUCUUAUUCUACACACGUGACCAUCAGCACCUACCAAAACAACUCUUGGGGAGACUUCUUACUGGAUGCAAUUCCUGGCCUUGUGUUUGAUACUGCAAAAGAUGAUGUGGCUCUGCGGACAAGCAUACCAAGGCAACUGCUCAUGCAGGUGGAUAUAGCAGACUCAACAAAAAAACUGAGCAGCAUUUUGAGAAUGCUUGCAGACCGCCUGGAAAACACCAGAGAACUGAGAUCAUCUGACAUGAAGAAGGAUUUCAUUAUGAACCGUUUGCCACCUUACUUGGGAUGCGAUUCCGAUCCUUUAACUCCAGGUGGGAAGUUGCCGAAAUUAGAUAGCCAAAUUAGACUGCAGUUUAGGGAUCAUGCAAUAGUUACAGUGGAGCCCGAUCAAGAGAAUUCUGAUGAAGUUCGCAAAGAAAUGGUGUAUGUGUAUCAUUCUUUAAAGAACAGGAGAGAAACUCACAUGAUGGGGACAGAAGACGAUGAUACUACCAGUGAGGAAGGCAUAUCACAGCAGACUCAUGGACUGCGUUUUCCUUUGUCAUACUUGGAUGCACUGAAGCAGAUUUGGAGUGGCAGUACUGUUUAUGUUAAAGAGCUUAAACUUACCUCUGAUGCAGAGAAAGAAAACCUUGCCUUGUCACUAUGGACUGAAUGUCUAAUUGAAGUUUUUUAAUGAUUUUGUAAACUAGCUCCUCAUGGAAGCAGUAUAUCUGGCCAUUAAGAAGUUCUUGAAAGAAAGACUUACUCAUUUUUUUCUUUCUUUCCAUCCAGCCCUUGGAUUGUAUUGCUGUCUAACAACACACUGCAAUAUGUGCAUGCGUACGCACAUACAUACAUGCUUUGCUACUUUCUUAUGCUGAAUGUUCUUUUAGUUUCCUUAGUGCUUUGGGAAAAUGGUCAUCGGGACAACAGGUAAGCUGCUCAGAAAGGUUAACGGUGGAACAGUUCAUGUUACCUUUAAUUGCCAGACUGUUAAUACCCUUAGAAAAAUUCUGUAUCUCCACCAAAAUUAUUGAUGUCUUACACUUCUUAGAUAAUGAAGCCCAAUUUUAAGUACCCUAGUUCCUGGGGGAUAUUCUAUGAAAAAUCCCUUCAUCACAGCUGUAAACAGCUCAAUUUACUUUCCCCAUGCUGUUGAUUUUUUUAAGAUGCUAAGCCUUACUGCUUAGAUGCUGUCCCUUGUCGAAUAAACAAAUGUUUAGUAUUUAACCUCUGUCCCUUCUUAAUCUGAAAGUAACCCAAACCUGUACCUGGCAUCUGUAUCUCCAACACUCACCUGAGUGGGUUCCGGUGGCAGUAUUGCAAUUAUUUUAAUGCUUUAAAAUCUACAUUUAAUAUGCAAACCAAUAUAAUGGCAGUCACUUAUUGAAUGUACUUAUUUCUGUUUUUUUGGCCAGUUGAAAGAAAAUACAGGAAUACGCUUGACAUC